AUGGCAAGGGUCGAUCACUAUGUCAGUAAGGCCGACCAAUGUGUCAGUAAGGCCGACCAAUGUGUCAGUAAGGCCGACCAAUGUGUCAGUAAGGCCGACUUCUAUGUCAGUAAGGCCGACCACUAUGUCAGUAAGGCCGACCACUAUGUCAGUAAGGCCGACCAAUGUGUCAGUAAGGCCGACCACUAUGUCAGUAAGGCCGACCACUAUGUCAGUAAGGCCGACCACUGUGUCAGUAAGGCCGACCACUAUGUCAGUAAGGCCGACCAAUGUGUCAGUAAGGCCGACCACUAUGCCGACCACUAUGUCAGUAAGGCCGACCACUAUGUCAGUAAGGCCGACCACUAUGUCAGUAAGGCCGACCAGUGUGUCAGUAAGGCCGACCAAUGUGUCAGUAAGGCCGACCUCCAUGUCAGUAAGGCCGACAAACGUGUCAGUAAGGCCGACCAAUGUGUCAGUAAGGCCGACCAAUGUGUCAGUAAGGCCGACCACUAUGUCAGUAAGGCCGACCACUAUGUCAGUAAGGCCGACCACUAUGUCAGUAAGGCCGACCACUAUGUCAGUAAGGCCGACCACUAUGUCAGUAAGGCCGACCACUAUGUCAGUAAGGCCGACCACUAUGUCAGUAAGGCCGACCACUAUGUCAGUAAGGCCGACCACUAUGUCAGUAAGGCCGACCACUAUGUCAGUAAGGCCGACCACUGUGUCAGUAAGGCCGACCAAUGUGUCAGUAAGGCCGACCACUAUGUCAGUAAGGCCGACCACUAUGUCAGUAAGGCCGACCAAUGUGUCAGUAAGGCCGACCAAUGUGUCAGUAAGGCCGACCACUAUGUCAGUUAG